AGAGACUAGUUUGUUUCUAGUAAAGCUUUGGAGGAUCUCACUGGCAUCAUCUGAUCUGCAGACCUUAUGGAGGGCACAGCUCGGGAGUCCCAUGAUUUCCCCUAAAAAGAUGUGGGCAAGAACCUGCUGGCAGCUUGGCAUGGACCUGGGCUUCUGGCUGUCAGUGGGCUUCCUUACUGGAUCUGUAGCUGCAGCGAGUGAGCGGAAUGAUGUUUUUCCUCCAUACAACAUCACCAUGAAAAUGAACGUGUUUAACGUUCUGUGGGAGUGGAGUCCGCUUAUAGAUGGGGCAAAUUGUACCGUGUUUUAUACCAGUAUUAUGUCUGCAGGAAAGGGUAACAUGAAGGAGCUUUCUUUUAAGAAUAUUCACCCGAAUUGCACUCAUGAAGUGGAAAACAUUGAUUUGAACGGUUUCAUUCCUUUUAAAGUUGAAGCUGGAUGUAAGGACAAAACACAAGUUAAAUUAGUAAAUAUGUCAGUAGAGGUGCUAUCAGGUAAUCCAAAAACUGCCGUGAGAGAUUUCAGCUGUGUUUGGUACGAUUACGAGUACAUAAAUUGUACGUGGCAUCCUGGGACAGAGGCGCCCCCCAAAGCUAACUAUAGCUUGUUUUAUUGGCUGAAAAGCCAAAGUUCUGAUAUGGCGCUAAAACCAGUCCACCCCAUGAUAUUUGAGGAAUUUUUAGAAACUGGAAAGGUUUGUCAUCACUAUAACUACAAGGAUGGAACUUCCAUUGGAUGUUAUUUUGAAUACCAACAAUUGUAUAAUUUAGAAGAUUCAGAAGAGAUGCAAAUUGUGGUUACGGACAGAUUACAAAAACACAUCAGACCCUUCGUCUCCUAUGUGAAAGUUUACCAAAUAGUGCAGCUGAGUCCUCCGACUAUCACCAAUAUUUCAUGGACUGAAAACGCCCUGAGUGUCAUCUGGACUGUAGCGAAAGGGAAAAUCAAAGACUUAAACUUUGAAGUGAUCAUUACAGAUAUAACUAAUGGAAAACACAAAGAAUUUAAGUUGACGGGCAUCAACAGCAAAGAAUUUCCAGAUAUUUAUCCCUAUGCAGAUUACACAGUAAAAGUACGUGGAAGAAUAAGAGAAAUCUUGGGGUCUUACCCCUGGAGCGAGUGGAGCAAGGAAGAAACAUGCAAAGGCAAAGACAGUGGCCGGACCACCAGUUUGACCCUUCUAAUCCUAAUCCCCAUUAUCUUGACCGUUUUGGCAAUCUUCCUUGUCAUUUGUAUGAAAAGAUUGAAAUACAUUAUUUGUCCUCCAAUACCUGACCCUGGAAAAGUACUUAAAAAGUCCUUUGGGGAUCCAAACACUUUCCAGCACUUCAUCAAACGUAGGUAUGAAAAAGUUAAUGUUUGGAACAUGGCACAAAAGGAAGAGGUCUGUUCGGUUAUUUCGGUCGAACCAACCACGUGCUCAUCCCAAACAGAAUGACGCUUUAAUCUCUCUCAGAGUCAAGUGGAAAAAUGUGAAGAGGGGGUUUUCUAUUCUUGGGCCCUGGUUUAUAUUGUUCCACGGCAAUAUAAACAGAACUACGUGACUAUCCGACUACGGAAGACCCUGAUGAAUUAAACAAUUGGCCUGUGCUGUGUGGGUCAACAGAAGGUUAACCCACCAUGUAACCAAGCGUACAUUACGCUUUGGUUUGUGUUAAGAUGCCGGAUGUCCGAGUCGUGGUCUGUUCUGCUGCUUAUUUGUUUUUUGCACUAGGAAAAUAUUCAAGCUAAUAGGAGUAAUAAACUAUGGUGAGAAAAUGUGA